AUGGCGCGUCGAAAGAAAGGGGUGAAGCAUGCUAUGAGUCCUCAACCAGAUCUAGCAAUCACAAAGAAGAGCAGAGACAUAUAUCUCGUCGAGUUCCCUGGAGGAACUCUGAUAGAAACUCAACCUUCUGCUAUCCAUCAGCUCGGCACCUUCACCAUGCCUCCUAUAUCCAAGCCAAUCGAGGUUUCAUCGAUUAAGAUCAAGGAUACUGGCCUCUGUACAUCUGAGACUCUCCUAUCCGACUUGCCAAUCCGUUCUACCGCAGCCUCAGCGCUUUUGGCACUGUCAUAUCCUCCUGUUGACAACUUUGAGAAUGUAGAGAGCGCGAAAGGUCCAAAACAAGGCGAUCGUACUAAGAAAACUAACUAUGAUCUCUCCGAAGAGCAUCUCAACGCACUUUCUGUUCGUGAGAAGCUUCGCAAAGGUAUCGCCAUGGGCUUUGCCAACAACAUAGCAUAUGGAAAUGCCACCGAUGGUAUGAUCCAGUCAAAUUUUCAGCGUACUCCUUGUCCACUAUCUGCCGACUCAAUGACUGUUGCUUGCAUAAUGAAAACCACGGCUCGUCAGCGUCAUAUGGACUCGAAACUCUACCACCAUUGGAAUGGGCCAGCUCAGCCAACAGAAAUGGUUAACCACGGACUGAUGGUCGAGGGAUCUGAAGCUCCUGGACCACAGGACGCCAAAAAGGGGAGAACGAAACAUAAGAAAGACAGAAUGCCUAAUGUGGUAGCGGCUAGCCAGCGACUUCAAGUUAUUGCUGAAACCGCCAACUUCAACCCAUUUAAACCUGACUUUUCGUUUCCAAGGCUUACCCCAGGUCGGGCCAUGAUUGUUGAGCCUUCUGGGGCUGAACAGCGGGAAGGGCUGGUGUCUUGGCUUGAUUCCGCUUGUCGUCGUUUCGGAUACAAAUCACUUGAAAUCGAUUCGCUCUCAUUCAGACACGACCACAAGCAUAACAAGUUGACCAAGCUGGAGCUUGAUGAUGGUCUAUGGAUUUCACCCAACGGCAAGUAUUCCCAGCCCACAAAGAUUGAUACCGAGGAAGGCAGCAUCACUAUGUAUGAGGCGAACAUUCCUUUCGGAAAUCCCCCUUCACUGCAGAAGUGGAUUUGGUUCAAGAUCGACAAACCGCUCAUAACUAGCCAAGGCGACAGGAUGGAAUAUUUUGGAGCCGCACCUACUUCUGUCCUCACUUUCGCCAUCCCCGCGGUCAGGAUUGAGAAGGCUAAAGGCCAAGAGCAGUCUAAGAUGGGCCUACCUACGAGACUUGGGGAUUUUGGGCGAUUGAAAAUGGAUGCAUACGCCGAUGCAAGAGAACGCCAGCUCAUUCAAGAAUGGAGGUUCAGCAAAGAUGGUAUCCCUACCUUUACCAUCUCACCCCAUCCGCAGGUCAUGGCUGAACGGAAAUUCCCUCCAGACUUUCUCUGGAUUGAAGCGGUGCCUACAAGGGAAGAGGUCAGAGCUGUAGACAAGACGCAGAGUCGCGAACUCUGGUGGCACCAUAUCCGACAACAGGCAAUCGACGACCAUAAAUUCUGGUACUGGGUGCAGAAGCUCAUGGGUUGCAAUGUCUGCCUCGUCGAGGCCACGUCCAAGAAAGGGGCAGGAUGGGUCCGAUUCAACCCUGAACCGCAGCAGAAGAACGAGGGACGAAACCUGAUGCUAAACCUAGGGUCUGAAGUCCGUCGACCUGUAGCCCGAGGGGCAUCUCGGCUACGCAACGAAGUUUAG